CACACACACACACACACACACACACACACACACACACACACACACACACACACAAACACAUACCCUUCCCAUCUCACCCACGCCCUCCACACGCGGCGAAUAGUGUGUUAGUAGUGUUGCAGGUUUGUAUCGUGUAGUCUUGGUUUGUGUAUGCAUGCAUGAAUUUGGGGGCGUGCUUAGAGAACGGGGGAGAUUGUAUGCAUGUGUGUAUAAUAUCUCAUCCUGCCCCGGCCUAUGCGAUGCGAUGUAUGCUGGUGGAUGGAAUGAACUUUGCUACUACUAAUUUUUCUUGUUUUUUCUGAAAAUAGGCGUCUUUUCUUCCUUGGUUUUAAAGCUUGUUGAUUUCAAACGGGUUAUCGCUCGUUGUUGCUGUUGAGUGCAGUGACUGGUUCACUGAUCUUAUUUUAUUGUAAUACGACGACCAGGCUCAAAGACAUCACGAGCUCGAAACAUGGCGCGACUACAGCAACAAGCUUCCUCUACACCACUUCUCCUCAUCCUCCUCGUAACCCUACUGGCCCUCUCCUCGGCUCCCACCCUCACACUCGCAUCGCCCACCACGAGCAAAACCACAAACCAGCACACGGUAGCACUCAUCCACCCCCGCCAAGCAGCCUCAGCAACACCCGACACGCGCUGCACAAGCUACCUCCAAACUGCACGUCUGGCAACAGUAGGCGGCAACAGCACAUACCGCACCGCAUACCUACAACUCUCCCGCCAAGGCACAAACGCCAACCGGGUGCUUCUCAACGCCGCCGUGGCAGCGCUGCCGGCGCUGACGGUGGACAAGGGGCUGAAUGCGCAGUGCGGGAACCUGACGGAGCGGGUGGCGGCGCAGACGGAGGAGGAGUUUUUCGGGGCUGGGGUUGUGCUUGGGAUUGGCGGGGUGGGCGGGUUGGACAGUCCGCCAGGGAAGAUUGUGGGGAGUGAUUGGACGUUGGUGUUGAUUGUGGCGGCGAUGUUGGGGGUUAUGAUGGGGACGUGGAGUAUGUUGUGAGGGUGAGGUGGUUUGCAGGCUUAUGAGAGAUGAGGGAUGUGUGUGUGUGCAGAGAUGGGUGGGGUAUUUGAGUGUCUAUUGUUAUAUUUUGCUGAAUGAAUAUAUGCAUACAUACAUGU